CAACCCUGAAACUACCUUUGAUGCUGAAGACAAUUCGUGGAAACACUGUGAAAACUGCGAUUGACACAUAAGCGAAUACGUCUUUUCAAAGUAUACCUUGGUGCGCGGAUCUCAAGGAAGUUACUAAUUUCCACCAUAACCAUAAAAUUGGAGGAGAGCGUUCGGAUCGUAUUUUCAUUGACGCCACUCCCGCGAUUCUCACACGUACGCGUCGCGACGCUUGCGCGACGCUCAGGAGAGCUUGCAACUAGCGAAACCGCGCUCGCACGCAGCCUGCGAAUUUAUAUCACGGGCUUCACUCGGUGUGUCAUUCGCGCGUGAUAAACACGGAAAAUCGGCGGGCUCCUGGGACUCCGUUAGGAACACCAUGGGAACGUCUUUGAUUAUUUUGCUCGUCGGGACGCUACUUGCAGUAACUGGUACCAGAGGACACGCGCUUGCGAAGAGAAGCGCAGCUGGAAACGCGCCGGGAUCGUUCGACUAUCCCGAUUAUGCAGUCAAGUACGAUGAGUAUCCGGUCGUCGUACCAAAAAGAGCAGCUUUACUCCUGGACAGACUGAUGGUUGCCCUGCAAAAAGCCGUGGACAAUCAAGGACUCGGAGGCGGAGAAGAUGUCAGAUCAUUAACCAGAUCAGCACCACGUCAUCCGGUAGCCAGCUCCCAAAUCGUACCAGCCGCUGACGAACAAACGAUGGACCUUCAACGCCGUGGACAAGCCAAAGGACGCGUCUAUUGGCGCUGCUACUUCAAUGCCGUAACAUGUUUCAAGAGGAAGUGAUGAAACCGACCAAGAGAAUUCAUUUCCCAUAUCGUUUCAUCUCCUUGAUUCAAUGUAAUACGACGAAUCUUCCAAUACUUAUAGGCCUCUUAGGCAGGAGGUCGAGUCGCUAUUCUUAAACCCAGGCAGAAUUUGAGUAACAGCCAACAUCAGAAAACACCAGUAGAUACAGCAAGGACUCCUAUAUAGUAAUACGAUGCGUGGAAUUUAUCAAAGCAUAUGCCAAAGUUUUUUGAUUUUUGUAUAUCUCUUCCAUUUACACCCUUAUUCAAAAUUCUUAAAAAUUAUAUUUUCUAGUUAAAGCACGUAUCUCUCCUUUUCCACAUAAACUUUGCGCUCUCCUGCCCCUAUGAUAACAUAUACCGGACCCGUAGACUUUAAGUAAAAGAGCAAGGUCAACCAGCGCCAUAUCGUACGUACACGUAUUUUGUUUUUAAAAAAAUCCGGAAAAGCCAUAAACGCUUGAGUUCGAGUGACGAUCGUCGAAACGAUGAAUUAAGCUGGAUACGUUCAGCGACUUUGAGAGGUCGACCUUAUUUAUGCCUAGUACACUCUGACAGACUGGGUCCAACUCUGACCUCGACGUGUCGAGCUCUCGUUUUAUGUUGAGACUGAUAAUGGGUUUACCGACAGACCGAUAAGAUACGACACGAUGUGCAAAAGUGAUUCGUGUUGAUCUCAAACAAUCCUGAAUUUCUUGAAGGUCCAAAGGUUAUUCUUUCAUACCGUUCGGAAGUACCUAAUUAAAUAUUUAAGUACCUAGUCCGAAAAUGAGUCGCAGGUGUACCCAUUAUUGCCAAGGAAGCCAAACUUUUUUUAAGUAGAAUGUUAUCCGCUUACUGUACACCCAACCUGGUGAGUUAAUUAUAUUAAAUUGCUUAUGUUCUUAUAUAAAAUAAAUGAGAUAAAGGAAGUAGUUGGUAUCGUUAUACAUACAUAUAUGUAUAUAUACCACGAGCAAAGUAAUUUCUUGAAAAUGUUUUGAUUCCCUUAACCUAAAAUCCAUAAUGCCGGCUUGUACAUAAUAGCGCAACCCCGAUCGACUCUUGUUAUUUCACGUUUAUCAGGGAGUAUACGUUAGGAAGGGAACAAAUUUGUAAAACUGAUACGCAAGCUCUUUAAACUCUAUUUAAUCGCGUUGCGAUAGUCAUGUUCGAUAAGGUGUCUCAAAUAGCUCAAAAUAUGCAUGAAAGUCCUUAACAAACAAAAAGUUUAUCCAUUAUGAGGCAAGGGGUUCGUACGUCCUAUCGCGUGAAGUUGCAGUGUAAUUUAUAUCGCAAAAUUGCGAUCGCGGGACUCUGAUACAUCCUUCCUUCUGUAGUUUUGCCUCGAGGAUAAUCUAUUACGAAUAUCGGACUUCUGUUCCAUGAAUUAUAUAAUUCCAAUAAGGAUCCCAAUAUAUAAAUAUUACUGUCAAUAUUCGUCAUUGUUUUCAGCGGUUGCGUUAUUACCUGUUUCGAAUUUGACAGUGAUAACCAUGUAUUCAAAUACCAUUCAGACUUCCCGAACAGUGUAAAUGUUUGUGGGUCAUUCACAGGAUGUCUGUACGACCCCAUAAGACACCCCAAGGGUCGUCAUUUCUUGUAUUGGUGCUUUAUGCUAAUAUCAAGAACACCUAUCAGAACUUUGUGCUUACAAUUGACGAAGGUAUGUUACAUUUAUAGAGAUACUUACUGAUUUACAUAAGAUUUGUUUUUCAUUGCAUGGACUGUACGUUCAUUUUGAAUCAUCAUCUUCUGUAUAAUUGUUCUGUAUCUGUAUAACAAUGUAAAUUCGAAAUGAAUCUGUUGGAUGUCUAAAAAAAUUUGGAAAACAUUGUGCAACUGAUCUACAAAAUAAUGGCUCACUUGAAUAAAUUCUGUACACGUAUGACUGCACUGCAGCUGCUGCAAUAAUCUGUUUAUGUAAAUUGCAUACUACCUGGUAUAUUUGAUGUUCAAGGAUAUUCUCUGUGAUUCGAUGCAUUUUUCUCGUUAUAAAUAUAUUGCUAAUAUGACUACCUAGACAUUAAAUAAAUUUCACAAGCUUGACAGAUACGAC